UAUUGUGCUGUUACAUUUUUUUCUUCUGUUUAUACUACCAUUUGGAAUCAACAAAAUUUUUUGUGGCUUCGUCGCACCUUCGAUCUUGUAACGUACUCUGCUCUGUUUAGAAAUUGUUGUUGUUGUUUGUUUUGAAAUUCAUGGCACACUCGCACAACAACAACGUACGUAUAAAUACAUAUAUAUAUAUACCAAGAUACCAAGACGGCAUGAACGCGCGUGUGCAGCGCAUUUAAAUUGUGAAAACACACACACACAACUGCAAAGUCAACUGCAUCCAUUAAUGUGUGAGUGCGUGUGUAGAAAAGAAUGCCAUAAAAGUAUUUCGAGCUGCAUGCAACUGAUGCGCGUUGCUGCGUCUGCGUUUCGAUCUCUGAUGUGACCAGCGAUAAAACAAAAAAAAAAAGCGUUACGAAGAAAAACAACGGCAAACUGAAGAAAAAGAAACGUUGGCUUGCAAACGCGGAAAUAAAUGCACUUCAGCGCAUAAUUUUUAUAAACCAGCCAACAAUAACAACGAACAAAACAAAAAAAUACAAAGUGAAAUGCAAUAAAAUAGCAAAAAAUACAUACAUACAUACAUACAUACAUACAUAAAGAAAAAGUGCUUGUCAGCUAAAUUGUUGUCGAAGACGCGACGCGCGGCAAACACAAACAAACAAAACAGCAGUCUUAACUAGGCGACACCUACACACACAUACAUAGCUCUCUUUUGUUGCUGCUUGAUCGUGUGUGUGUGAGAGAGUGUGCGUGCGCCGACAAUGAACGACGCGCCUGCGCUGUCACAGCUGCUGCUCGACGCCAUCAACUAAAACCCAGCGCGCAAAAUGUUGCAGGCGGCCAGUGACGCCGCUAACAACAACAACAAUAGCCACAGCCACAACAAUAGCAACAACGCGACAACAACAACAGAAAGCAGUGAGGCGGCAACAACAACAGCGACACAAGCAACGCCUGAGGAGAAGUCGCAGCGGCGUCGCUCCACCUUCUAUGUGCCGCUGGUUAUCGAGGACGAGGACGAGAGCAGCAACAAUAACAACAACAACAAUAAUAAUAAUAAUAAUAGCAGCACAAUACACGGCAGCAGCUCAAGCUUAAGCAGCAGCAGCCAACAAACGUCGACGUCGACGCAACUACGCAAAUCGGCAUCAGUGAAGAGCGGCGUAGCUAAGGUGAGCGGACUUUGGGGAGGGAACAGCAGUAAAAUGUCACCACCUUGUGGCUUCAAUUGGAGCAUAAGCGGCAAUGAGGCAGCUGGCCAGCAAUCGGAUACGGAUGAGGAAGAAGCAGCAGAGAACGCGCAUCGUCAGCAGCUAGUCAAAUCGAUAUCUGUGGCAAGCAGUCAGCCGCCGCCGUCCCCACACCAUCACCAGCAGCAGCAGCAGCAAACGACCCCUGCCUCAAAACUUAAACGCUAUGGCAUUGUGCUGAACGUAAUAAGCUUGAAUGGCGUUGCCAGCGAUGAUGGCGAGUUGACGUCAACAUCGACAUCGACAGCGACGCCAGCGUCAGGUGAUAGCGCCAGGUUUGCGCCGCGUACACAUUUCAAUGAAGAUAACGACAUUGUGAUGGCAACGCCACCCAAACAGCAGGCGCUCUCUCUAUCGCCGGCACACUCGCGUCAAUCGUCGACAUCAGCGCCGACGUCAACGGCGACUGCGUCGCAGAACAGCAGCAGCAGCAACAACAACAACAACAACGAGGAAGAUGAUGACUCAGAGAUAAGUCGCAUGCAGACUAACACCUCAACACCAAUUAAGCUGAUGAAGUCGCGUUCGCGCACUAACAUUUUGGCCGUACCGCUGCCCAGCGUCGAACGUGGACUGCAGGCGAGCAGUAAGGCUGGCGUCUCAUCAUCGGCGUCACCAACAACCACGGCGCUGAUUACACUGCGCGCCAAAUCGAAGACAUUGCCACAGAACCUCUCGCCGUCAGUUGUGCUGCAGCAGGCAGCGGCGCUAGACGACAAACACGGCUCCGAGGGUGGCGGCGGCUCUUCUGACACGCCCACACUGCUCAGCAAGAAACGUCAGCUGCUUUUUGGCGGCAGCAGUAUUAGUGUUGCAAAUCCCAAUUCCCAGCCAUUGCAGCAGAAAGCGCAGAAUUCGAAUAAAGUGCUCUCACCCUUUAAGCUGCAGAGCAGCGCUUCGGCCGCCUCCAUAAUAACGCACACCUUUCCACCGAAGAACCUCUUCCUGCUCAAGUCCACACCCAAGUUGUCCAGCGCAUCGUCGUCGUCGGCGGAUGCAACGCCACCGUCGCCAGCAGCCAUCAGCAGUGUCACCUCACCGCCCAAGAAAUCGCUGAGCUUCAUAAGACGCGCCCAUUCCACAAAACUAUCGCGCAGCAACUCCCUAUUGAAGACGACGAUGGCGAACUCGGGACCUGCUGGCAGCCAUGCCGGUCAUCUGCACAAUCCCCAUGGAUCCCAGCACGGACAUGUAGGUGCAUUGUCCACCUCCACAUGUGCCGAAGAAACAGGCAGUUGGGGCAAACACUUCUACAUGCAGUACGAUGUCUGUCCCCUCAGUUUGGAUGAGCUGACCGCAUAUUUUCAGACCGACCAUUGUUCGCAGCUCAUCUGCGAGCGUUUCAAGAUCAAUGAGCUGGCCUUGCAUGCCGUUGAAGAAGCGGAGGCGUCAGCGACAACGUUACGUGAGCCAAACAAUGAACAGCAGCAGCAACAACAACAUUUACAGCAGCAGCAGCACGAAGGCACGGACGAUGAUGCGGGACAUCAUUCUGAUACGUCAUAUGAGAAGGCAUGUCGACGCGGCUCGGCACCCACAACGCCCAUUCUAGGCAAUAAACAGCAUCAGCCUGAGCAUAAUGCCACCUCACGCUUCACAAAUUUCUUUUCCAAAAGAUCAAAUCCCCUCAAGCGUACAAAGUCGGUGACGAAAUUGGAGCGAACCAAACGUGGCUCGGGAGGCUUGCGGGGCUCGCGCUCCCAUGAGAGUCUGCUGUCCAGUCACGCCGUCAUGUCGACAAUCGAUCUCUCCUGUACUGGGGCUGUGGGCGUGGCACCCGUACAUCAGUCCGUAUUGGGUCGACGGCACUGCUUUCAGGUGCGCGGCGGGCCGCGCGGAGAGCGUUACUAUUCGUGCGGAUCGCGUCAGGAGCGGGAUCUGUGGAUAUAUUCGCUGCGCAAGUCAAUUGCUCCGAAUGCGGAGCACACACGCCGCACCGACAACUCCCUGAAGUUGUGGGUGUACGAGGCCAAAAAUUUGCCGGCCAAAAAGAAAUAUUUCUGCGAACUGCAGCUUGACAAGACGCUCUACGGCCGCACCAGUGUGAAGCUGCAGACGGAUCUGCUAUUCUGGGGCGAGUACUUCGACUUUCUCGACAUACCCGAAAUCAAUCUGAUCACCGUCAAUGUUUUCCGGGAGGUGGAGAAGAAGAAGAAACGCGACAAAUACCAAUUCGUGGGCUCGGUGAAGAUACCCGUCCAUGAGGUAACACCGAAAUCGGUCUGCGAGGAUUGGUAUCCGAUAGUGAACGCGAAGGAUAUCGACAGUCUUGGUCGGGGCAGUACCAAGGACAAGGUGGUGGUGCCGACGUUGCGGAUCAAGUGCCGUUUCCAGAGCACCGAUAUACUGCCCAUCAAUGUGUACGCCAACUUUCUGGCCUACCUCAAGGACAACUACAAGAGGGUCUGCGAGACUCUCGAGCCAGUGAUUGGUGUGAAGGCCAAGGAGGAUAUUGGACAGGCGUUGGUACUAUUGAUGCAUGCUCAGGGUCUGGCCGGAGCCUUCCUAACCGAUGUGGUGGCUCUCGAUCUGCUCCGUGUCGGCGAUCAACGAUUGACGUUUCGCGGUAAUUCGCUGGCCACCAAGAGCAUGGAGGCCUUCCUGAAACUCACCGGCGAACAAUAUCUGCAGGACACGCUCUCAGCGCCUAUCAACGAGCUCAUCCAAUCGGACCGCGACUGCGAAGUAGAUCCUACAAAGGCGGGCAGUGCCUCCGCCGGCUCCUUGCAACGCCAUCAGGCGACACUGCGCGCCGCCGUUCGCAGCACUUGGCAAUGCAUCUAUGAGUCACACAAGCAUUUUCCGCCCCAGCUGCGCGCCUGCUUCGCGACCUUCCGCGAGCGACUGCAGCAUCUGGGACGCCAGGAUAUGGCCGAUAACUUGAUCUCUGCCUCAAUAUUCUUGCGCUUCCUCUGCCCCGCAAUCCUAUCGCCUUCGCUCUUCAACAUCACCAGCGAGCUGCCCUCCUCGAGGGCCACUCGUAAUCUGACGCUCGUCGCCAAAACUUUGCAAACCCUGGCGAACUUCACACGCUUCCAGGGGAAGGAGAACUUCAUGGAGUUUCUCAACGACUUCCUCGAGCAGGAGGCGGAACGCAUGCAACAGUUCCUCGAGAUAAUCUCCACAAGGCCGGAGCAUGCGACGCCCGACUCCAUACUCGACUGGGCCGGCUAUAUAGAUCAGGGCAAGCAGCUCUCCAUACUCCACAGUCUACUGAGCGAAAGUAUUGGCAAGCUGCCCGAGGCGCGUCAGCACGAACUCGAUCCGCUGCAGCACAUACUCGACGAGAUCAGCAAGGCCAAGGAGCACGGCUAUCUACCCACAGUGCUCUCCUCCCUUUCCCUAGCGGCCAGCGAGAAUCAGGAAAACCGCAAUCCAGAUGCCAGCAAAGCCACAUCCGCCGGAUCCAUGCUGCAACAACAACAGGCCCAAGUGCCCCAACCCCAGCAUGCGGUCGUCACCAAACCCGUGCCCGCCGAGCGCGGCAUUAUGCGAGGCGUUCUCACGCCCAGUGCGCUUGAGAAGAACAUUUUCCGCUACAACGAUCCAACGGUAAAUGGAAUGCUUCAGCAGCAGCAGCAACAACAACAACAGCAGCAGCAACAACAGCAACAGGCUUUGCAUCCACAUGCCCAUCAGCAUCCGCAUCCACUGCAGAUGCACUCCAACUCUCAGAGCUCCAUAGCCGGCGUUCACAACAAUGGAGCCUCACAAUACAUGAGCUCGCCGGUGCUUCAGCACGCGCAGUCGCAGAGUUCGAUGGCUUCCUCAUCGCUCAAUGGCAGCAGCAACAAUCUGCUGCUGCAUCCACCGCCGGCACCACAUGGCUCGCACUGUCCGCCAGCACCACAGACGAGCGCGGCCAGCACAAUGGAUCGUCUAGAGCGUUCGGGUCCGGGACAGGGCUAUCCGUAUGUGGUUAGUAGCUUGGGUUCGCUGGCCAGCAGCGGUAAUCCGCACAAUGGCAAUGACUACGACGGAGCAUGCACCUCCACAUCGCGCACGCUGCCUCGCAACAACAACAACAAUAGCAGUAGUGGUAGCUACGACGACAUGAACGGCGAGUUCAUACAGAUCUCCGGCCUGGACACGAGCAGCGCCUUUGUGCGCAAGUCCCCCACGCCCAUGCUGAAGGGCAACGGAGGCAGCGUGCACCGCGGCGCAGCUCGGAAACAAAAGCACCAACCGCAACAACAGCUGCACAACUCCAAUGUGAGUCUCAGCUAUGAGGGAAGCCACAAGCUAAAUCUGGGUAUACCCGAUCACUCCAAGCAAUAUCAGCAGCCGCCACCAACACAACGGCCACUGGCGGCGUCGCAUCUGAACUCCAACUCGAACUCGAAUAUGCCGAUGCAUCUGGAGGAUCUGGACGAUUUGCUCAAAUACGCCGAAGAGCACGACAUGAGCGACCAUCAUCACCAUCACGUCCAGCAACAGCAUCCACAACAUGCACAGCAGCAACAGUCCGCACAUGCUGGCAAGUCCGCAAAGGAACAGUUAUCGGCAAAGAGCAGUCAUUGCAGUUCCGGUUACCAAAGCAUUUCCACAAAUCCCUCGCCCUCGCAGUCCUCCAGUCCCGUCGAGAGUCAACUGGCUGCGGGACAGAAGCCAGGUGUUGCCCCGCUGGCUUUCAAGAAUCCCUCAUAUCAACUGCAACAGCCCUCCCAUCAGCUGCAUCCCCAACAGCGCCACCAACCCCAACCACAUCCCCAUCAUCCCACAACGACGACGACGACGACACCCCAACAGGUGCUGCAUCAACAGCUGAGCUUUAGCGGCCGUGCCAAGCCCAUAGGUGGCGGCAUUGUGGCGGCCCGUGCCGCCUUUCUCAACAGCGGCGGCACCUUAGAUACCGCCACCCUCACACCCUCUUCGUCGGAUGAACAGCUCUCGGCGGACAGCUAUUAUAGCUAUGCAGCGGCCGCAGCCGCUGGCGCCUCCGUUAAUGCCAAUGCAUUAUCGAAGCCAAUGCGUUCACCAUCGGACGGCCAUCUGGAGGCGCAACGUUCGCUCAGCGGUGGCAGCAACUCGUCUGCGUCCAGCAAGAAUGCCAAAUGUCUGGGGCCCUACGGGCGUAUGGCGAAUGCCCUGCUAAAGCGCGAGGAUGUCUACGGAAACGGUAGCAACGGCUUGAUGGUAUACGGCAAUGGCAACGGUGGCAGUGGCAGUGGUGGCAACAACGGCUAUGCUAUGUCCACACCCAAUGCUUUGGCCGCCCAGGAGCACAAACAAUAUGCGGGCAGCAAUGCCAGCGGCGGCGGCUCCGAUGUCCAUCCGGACGCCUCUGUGGGUCCGGCCGGCAAUCACAGCGGCGGACGCUAUCAGCGACGCCUCAGCCUCGACUCGGCGCGCACGCUCUCAGACAGCAGCACGGACACGGAGGGUCACUGCGCACAGCUGCAGGAGGGGAAGAGACGGCGGCAGCUGCGGAACAGCAACAAUCACCAGGAGGCGGCGCUAAACAAGAGCUACGACCAGAAUGGAGAGAUUCAGCUGCUGCAGGAGACGCUGGACACGCUCCGGCACACGCUCGAUCGGGACGAGGCCGAGCUGCGCGACUCCAGUGACGAGCUGUUCGCCCUCCAGCGUCCGACAGGCAGUGGCGUUGGUGGCGGCGGCAGUGGAGGCUUAGGCGGCAGCAACGGCUCCAACAAUCUCAGCCUGCAGUCGGAGUCGACGAUGCGCAGCAUUAUCGACAGUAAUGCGACUGUUUGCAGGCUAAUCACCAUGGAGGAGGAGCUGCGACGGGAGCAGCUGAAAAUGUCGCUUGCGCUCUCCCACAAGCAGCGCGUAAUUGAGGAGCAGGGUCAACAGAUAGCGGCGCUCGAUGCCGCCAACAGCCGGCUGUUGAGCGCACUCACCGCUCUGCGUCAGCGCUACGAGACCCAACAACAGCAGCAGCAGCAACAACAACAAGCACCAAAGAACCAGAAGCCACAGUGAGCCAAGAACCACACCUACUCUCUGCUGGCCACCAGAGUGCACCACAGUGGGUAGUCGGUGGUCCAUGGUCGGUCGUCUGUGUGUGUGGUCGUGUGUGUAUGUGCUGUCCUCAAACGCACACACACACACUCGCAUACACACAUGUACGCACACAUGAGCAAUGCAUUCAGUUAUAACACACACACACAUACACUUCGUCGUCUUAAGAAUAUUUUUGUUUAUUUUUUUUGCGCGAAAAAAAUGAUUUUUUUUUUGUAUGCUACAUAAAUUAUACUACAUGUUUAAUAUUAUAAAUAUAUAUACUAUAUAUUAUAUUUACCUACAUAUACCAUACAUAUUAUAAUUAUAAAUAGUGUCUCCAUUUAUAUGAUUAAACAAAAUGUGAAAACGCAACUGUUGCCACAGAAGCAGCAGCAGAAGAUGACGAAGAAGAACAAGUUAAGUUAAAUAAAAAUAUAACCAAAGUUAAA